CACAUAUUGUGCGAUACCCGCAUAGCAAAUCUGACCAUGCGCUGCGUUGCGCUGCAUUAGGACAAUGCUGCGAACGAAGGCGACUUUUGGACUUGGUUUCUUCUCUAUGGCUAUAUGGCCGUAUGGCCGUAUGGCUGUAUGGCUGUAUGGUUUACCUAGUCUAUGAUCUAUGAUCUAUGGUCUAUGGUCUAUGGCAUGUUCUAGGUAUGUCUAUGUAACUCGAAAUCUAGUAUCUUGCUUUAAUAUCCUGCUCAUCUUAAUUACCUUACAUGGGGGAGGGGGGCAAAAGUCGAUCUGCGUCAAGUCGCCUUGUCUCAGAGUCUCAGAGUCUCAGUCUUAAAGAAAAAGAAAAAGAAAGAGAGAAAACGCAAACACGUCCCUGAAUUUGCGCAUUGCGACGUCGAACUAGGAACUAGGAAUUACCUGCCUCGAGAUCCCGUGGACGCACAGCCAUAUUGCGCGCUUCCGGCAGGUCAGAUACAUAAUGUACCUAUCUUGAUACAUAUUAAGAUAGAUACGUACAUACACAUCUGACUUGUCCACGAUGUUCCAAGGUAACUAUGUAAGUUGCGGAAUCACCCGGCCUUCUUCUCGAUCCAGGCACACACGCGCUCACAGACAUAUAUACCAUACACACAUAGACCACACAUAAACCACACGCUGGCGCAAUUGUGUAAUCCUUCAUGUUCCAAGGGACACCCGUCAGAUGGCUGCUCACGGUAUAUAAUGCGCCUUUGCUUUGCGCCGUUCUUUGCGAUUCAAGCCAGACGCUACUUAAGGGGCUAUGCGCCGCCGUUGUCCAAAGCGUCCUUCGCACUAGGACGAGUAGACGUCACAUUUUGAGGCUCGAGCUUUACGAAAAGGAGCCAUUGGCGCUUUUGCGCAUCACUUCGAGUGCCCCCCUACUAUAUAACUUAUUUAGGCGCAUUUCAUAUAAAGUCUGACCUACAUCCUCUGUGGCCAGCUGAUCUAUCGGCUCCGUGGACAAUAAUUAGUUCGUGGUCGCAAACGAGACCUCGUCGUAUGCGAGUUGAGGUGAGCAAAGCGGGCAAGUUGACAGCCUAUCCAGCCAAUAGCGUGGCUCCUUAGAUGCGCCAGUUUGUCUGAGAGCAGGGAUAAGGGCCCAGCAAAACUGGUAGGGUA